UCCGAGUGUCGACUGUCGAGUAUAACACUAAUAACAGAUUAACAGUUAAGUUUUUACUUUUAGGCUUCUGUGUACCGGUAGUCUGGACGAGUCUGGAUCUGGUUGGUUUGUGUCAUGGCCAGCAAAUUCACAUACGGCCAGGAACGGAUUGCUCCUGGUUUGUGUGGAUUGUCUAAUCUGGGUAACACUUGUUUCUUGAACUCUGUUCUACAAUGUCUUAGUAACACUGAACCACUAGUUGAAUAUUUUAUUGGAAAAGAAGGAAAAGCUGAGAAGCCAUACAAGAAACAUAUCAAUAGGAACAACCCAUUGGGACUAGGUGGGGUUAUUGCUGAAUCAUUUGGGGCCCUGUUGAAUGACAUGUGGACUGGACAGAAUUCUUAUCUUAUACCACGUCGGUUAAGAAACGUUAUAGCAAGGCAUGCUCCUGAGCUUUUUGACUCUCAGCAACAUGAUUCACACAAAUUAUUAGAUUUUUUAUUAAAUAAGCUACAUGAGGACUUGAAUCUUAUUAAGAAGAGACCCUGUAUUGAAAUGAAUAUUAAAACUGAAGGAAGAGAUGAUAAUGAUAUUGCUAGAGAAUCAUGGCUCUGUUACUUGCAAUGUAAUCAGUCGGUUAUUGUUAGACUUUUUCAAGGACAACUGAAAUCAACUCUUCAUUGUCCAAAAUGUGAAAAGGAAUCACGCACCUUUGAUCCAUUCAUGUACCUCUCCCUACCAAUACCAGUUCAGAAUACAAGAGAUAUUAAAGUUUUUUUGAUCAGAUCUGAUCCACUAGCCAUUAUGAAGAAGUACUGUUUGUCUGUGCCUAAAGAUGGCAAUAUAUUUCAUAUGAAAGAAGAACUACAGAAAAUGAUUGAUAUUGAUCCAUCUAACUUGGUUGUUAUUGAUGUUUAUCACAGUCGAUUCCAUCGUAUUUAUUAUGAUAAAGACCCAAUUAUUCACAUUAUGGAUCGUGAUGAUAUCUUCAUAUACGAGCUACGCAGACCUCUUGGAGACCAAAACUGGGUGCCUAUCCCUGUCUACAUGAGAGAAAUAAAGCGUUACACUUCUGCUUCAUACUUUAGUCAGAAACAUAUGACUACUUAUGGUCAAGUGUUUGGAUUACCUGUUGUUGUUACUGUCCCAAGAAUAGGUUGUAAAUACAGAUCACUAUAUAAUGUCAUAAUGUCUCAGAUCACUCGUAUGGUCAUUAAACCUGAAAGAGAAAAAGAGGAGAAGAAUACAGGAGCCAAAAAAAGCAAUGAAAUUGUUGAAACUAAUACAAUGCCUAUUGAAAGCAACAAUGACUCUGAUGAGGCUGGAGAGCUAAAAAGAGACAAAAAGUGUGAUUUGUUUCGAUUAGUUAUUUGUAAUUCUUAUGGAUCACAAGAAAUUACUAGAUUAGAAGAUGAUGAUGAAUUCAUAAAACUAUCUAGUCAGACAUAUAUUGGCUGCGACUGGGAAUUUGAAGAUAAAGAGGCUUUUUACAAUGUAAAAGAAGCUAAUGCAUAUGAAGAACAUGAAUCGUAUACUGUUGCCAAGAAGCCUGAGAAACCAACAACAGUGUAUGAUUGCAUGGAUUCAUUUAUGCAUGACAAAGUGCUAGCAGAGGAUGAGUCUUGGUAUUGCCCUAGAUGUAACAAAUUUGUGCAAGCUAAUAGAAAGUUUGAUUUAUGGAAGAUGCCUGCAAUAUUAGUUAUACAUCUUACGAGAUUCUCUGACAAAUUAAACAAGAUUGAGUCAAAAGUUGAAUUCCCUCUUCAGAAAUUAGAUCUUUCUGAUUAUGUGGUAAAUGCAGAAGAGCCCCAGCCACUCUAUGAUCUUUUUGCUGUAUCUAAUCACUAUAGUGGGCAAGGAGGAGGACACUAUACUGCUUCUGCUAAGAACAAAGAUAGUAGGAAGUGGUACAGCUUUGAUGAUAAUAAUGUCUCUGAUGCAUCACCUGAUUCAAUAUGUUCAUCUUCUUCGUAUCUCUUAUUCUAUCAACGAAAGACUGUAUAAAUCAAAGCCACUAUACUAAAACUAGGCUCAGAUUAGUUUUUUUGAAUGUAUUCUCAGUAUUUUUAAUUUGGUGUUGUUUUAGUUAGUUUUAGUUACCUACAUAUUUUUGUAACAAAUAUUUAAGUUAUGUAUUGUAUACUGUCUUUUUUAUUUCAAUUUAGAAGUUGCUCUAACAUGCUAAAACAUGAUCACAGUCCGCCAGGGUUCAAUUUACUUUCAUUUAGUAAUGUUUGUCAACAAUAACAUUGUUGUGUGUUUCAAGUGCUUUGAUACUGAGCUGAUCAAGUUCAGUGUACAAGUUCAUUUCUCAUAAUAGCACUUUUUAUUAAAAUUAAAAUUAAUUGUUGAAAAUCACAUUUUUGUGGUAAAACU